AUGGGAGGAAAAAAGAAAAAGAAGGGAGGUAAGAAGAAGAAAUCCACCAAGGAAAAGAAGCCAGAGGAGGAAAAGAAAACAAUGUAUGAGAUACCUGAGUAUAUAGAUCCUAAGAUUUAUACACCUCAAGUAUAGCUUACAAUAAAAUUGGCAACUCCACCUAACGAUCAUCUAAAGGAGAUUGAACGGCGAAUCAUAGAACAACAUGAUGGGUCAAUCAAGAAUGUAACUAUUUGCUAGAGUGUGUAUACGAAAGAGCAAAUUUUAGACCCCAAAAAGCGUUUGCAAGAUGUAGGAAUAACGACUGCUGGCUCAUACACACUAAUUUAUGAUUUUGCCCCAGUUUCUUAUCCCUUGUUAACUACUGCAGUUCCGGAGCAAGCAGGAUUGCAGGGUGUUCGAUUAACUAUUUUCAUUAGUCCUGUGCUUGUUGAGUGUUUUUAUUCAAACACUUUGCAACGAAUAGUCAAUCAUUACAAUCUUGAGAACAUUUUCAUAAACUUAUCAUCAAAGUCAUUAUUUACUUCCUUUGCUUUUUACACAAAUGGAGGAGAAUCCUAGAGAAAAGAUCUUGAUUAUUUUAAGCAGAAAAUUAAAAUCUUUGAGAUUGUUGACUACUUAUCUAAGUGUUUAUAGAAUUAUUGGUUAUUUAAGGCACUGUUUAGAAAUUAGAAUGCAUUGAGGGGACUCUGUUUAGUAUUUGAUUUUGAUUAAAAUUACUACCUAAUGUCAACUACUGCUCAAAGAUAGAUUUAUGCUACAGCAAGUUAAGAUCCUUUCUGA